AGUAGCAAUCAGAGUAGCAAGUCACAAAAAAUUUGCUCCUGUUUAUUCAUGAAAAUAAGUAAAACCAAGAAAGGUUGCAGCAAAUAAAUUAGCAGAGAACUAUAGGAAUUCCUAACAGAUAGGAACAUGAACUCUAUUUGAAAAAAUAUUUUAUAUUGGAAGUGAUAUUUGAUCAACAUUUUUGGAUAUUUUUGGAGUGGAUUCUAAAACAUUAUAUACAGCUUGGCACAUACACAGGACUAAUUGGCUAACUAGCUAAUAUACUACAGGUAUAUGGUACUUCACACCCCCUUGACUAAAACCCAGUGCUGCAGAUAUUGGCUAUUAUUGAACUCUUACAUCAUUAAAAACCAGAACUAAGCCUGAUUAGCGAUUACUUAUGGCAACCAACCUAAGUAGGUCACAGAACAAUUUGAUGAAUGAUGUUUCAACUGCUGAUGUGAAUCUACUAGAGGGACCAUCUCAAGAUGCACAUGACGAUAGUUUUAAUACCAUAUCCUCCAACCAUAGUACACCAACAAGGCCUGAUGGGCCUGAAACCCUACAUGGACCAGGUAGCCAACCAACACCUAUCAUGUCACCUUCCCCGGGUUCUGACAAUGACUUGAAUACUUCCACAACAGACCCCAAAGUGCUUUUGCAACUUCCAACUAAAAAUGCCUCCAAUACACCAGUGAAUACAGUGCGACGCUCCAAACGCACAAUGAACCGUACAACGCCAAAAGCACUGAAAAUACCACAAUCGCAUGCUAAGCCAAAACACAGGGGACGCCUACCUAAACCAAAAGCAACAAAUGACUAUUCACCUCCCAAACGCCGAAAAACAAAUGACACAACAAAGCAAUAUGAUACACUAAUAUCUAUGGUAGCAGGAAUGAAAGGCAGCAUAGAAAACCUGAACUCGACAGUAACUGACCUAAAAGAAAACUUGACCUCUAUCCAAUUUGAUCUCAGUGCCAUGCAGAAAACGAAUGUAGAUCUUGUCUCACAAUUAGCUGCAAAAACCGCAGAAUGUAGGGUCCUAGACAAUGAAUGUAUCAAACUACGAAAGACUAUAGACAACCACAAAUCAUCAUUGCAUGAAAACGAACAUAAUAAAACACUUGUAAUUGGGAGCUCCAUAAUAAGGGACUUUGAUGAGUCUAAAAUGAACAACACUGAUACUGUAUGUAUAAGUGGUGGAAAAAUCACAGAUGUGAAUGAACAUUUAUCAAAACUGGGCCAAGCUAAUAAUAAGAACCAGUACAAACGCAUUGUUAUCCAGAUUGCAAGCAAUGACUGUGCCAAAAAAGACUCCACACCUGAGCCUAUCACUAAAGAAUACAAACUUUUAGCUACCUGUGCCAAAUCUGUAUGUGAUGAGGUAUGCAUUUCCAGUAUCUGUCCUCGCACUGACAAUGAGCAUGCACAACAGGUACUUGAGGCCGUUAAUGCUGAACUCCAAGUGAUUUGCGAAGGCGAUAAUAAGAUGACAUUCAUCAACAACGACAAAACUUUCCGUCUUCAAGAUGGUACAAUAAACGAAGGUUUUCUUGACAAUAAAGGCCUACAUCUUUCGAAGGCUGGUACCAAUAGCCUUGCCCGUAACAUGCAACUAGACACAAAAUCGAAAGAUGUGACAAAGCCCUGGCCCCGUUUCCCCCGACAUACCACCUCACAGAACCCACCCGAAGCGAAUGAAUGGCAGACUGUCAAUCGGCGACGUCACCCUAAAAACCCCUCACCACCCUCACUUAAUGACAAUACUCCUAGUUCUAAUAGAAGGAAUGUCAAUAAGCCAUCUUGCUUCAAAUGUGGUGAGAGUAGUCACUUAGCCAGUACAUGUUGGCAUCCAAACUCAGUUAGGUGUCAUGGAUGCAACCAACUAGGACAUAAACUUUCAAAGUGCCCCACUAAUUCUCAGCCUAACAAUCACUAGGAACUUGGCUAUGUGAAAGCCUUACCCCCAGUUCAAAAUAAACACUCUAAUCAUGCCAACAUCACCAAAUCUAGUUUCAAUAAGAAAAGCCAUAAACAUCAUCGACGUGGUAAACGUAAAUUGUCUCAGGUUUCUAACAUCAAAAUCGCUUAUAAUAACUGCCAAAGGUUUGGUAUUGCCAAACAAAUUGAAAUGGACAAUCUA